UUCCCCGGCUCAGCCUUGGCCUGAAGCCCCCCGGGCCCGGUGACGGUCCCCGGGCGUAGCCGUGUCCCCCAACCCCCCCAGCCCCCGGUGGCCCCUCCCCGGGCUGUCCCCGUGUCCCCCCGCGGGCCCCGCGCUGCCCCGGUCACCGCUGUGAUGAGCCGGGCAGGGCUCAGCGCGCCGCGUUCCCGGCGCUGAUCGUGUUUCCUCCGUGAUCAAUUAUAAAUAGGGACACGCGGCGGGGGGAGCGCGGAGCCCCGGCGUCUGCUCUGCGCCGUGGGAGGGAGAUGUCCCAGCCCUGGGGGUCUCCUGUGGGCGAGGGGCACUGGGGGGGCUGGGGCGCGGGGCUGGAGGGGAGGGUUUGGGGGUGACCGGAGCAGGCGCCCCCGCGCUGCCCCCGGCUCAGCGCGGGCUCAGAUUCCUUUUGUGCAUUGGAAGUGGCCGCUGAAACUUUAAUGAAGCCACCGGAUCGCCACUCGGUUCCCCCCCCCCGCCCCGCCGCCCGCGACUCCGCCGGCUCCGGCCCCGCCGAGCCCCUCACCAUGGCCCAGGGCUUCUGGCGGCUCUACAAGGCCAAAGUGCUGCAGACCCUCGGGGGGCCCCGGGCGGACGGGGCGCUGCAGGACGAGGGGGACCCCCCCGAGCUGAUGGAGACGGCCGAGACCCCCGCGCUGAUGGAGGAGGGGCCCAGCCCCGUGUCCCAGCUGGCGAGGAAGGUGCAGGGGGUGGGUGCCCGGAGCUGGCGGACGCUCUCGUCCCUCUUCACCCGCGAGGACGAGCACCAGCUGCUCAGCCCAGAGCCCUGCGCAGACCACCCACUGGCUGCUGAGCCACCCGAGCUGCCCCAGUCUGAGAAGGCACCCGGAUUUUGGGAUCUCUUUGCUACCAAGUGGCAGCAGGCGGCAGGGCCAGACAAGGGGGUGCCCCCCCCGGAGCCAGAUGAGAGCCCCGGGGAGCCCCCGGGCGAGGACGGCAGCGACCUGCGGGAGCCAGAGGAAGGGGCCUUCCACUGGGGCUUCCUGGCCGGCAAACUGGCUGAAAUCCGGAAUAAAAAUGCCCCCAAGGGCAACUAGAGGAGGAUGCAC